AUGGCCGAGGUGGGCGGCUUCCUGGGCGCGCUGGACCCCGACCUGCACGGCUUCCCCCCCGCGCUGGGCGGCGGGCUGCCCCUGGCCGACUCCCCCGGCUUCCUCAACGAGCGCCUGGGGCAGAUCGAGGGGCGGCUGCAGCGGGGCUCCCCCACCGACUUCGCUCACCUCAAGGGCAUCCUGCGGCGGCGGCAGCUCUACUGCCGCACCGGCUUCCACCUGGAGAUCUUCCCCAACGGCACGGUGCACGGCACCCGGCAGGACCACAGCCGCUUCGGGAUUUUGGAGUUUAUUAGCCUGGCAGUGGGGCUGGUGAGCAUCCGUGGGGUGGACUCAGGACUCUACCUCGGCAUGAAUGAGAGAGGCGAGCUGUAUGGGUCGAAGAAGCUCACGCGGGAGUGCGUUUUCCGAGAGCAGUUUGAAGAGAACUGGUACAACACGUACGCCUCGACCCUCUACAAGCAUCCCGACUCGGAGAGGCAUUACUACGUGGCUCUGAACAAGGACGGCUCCCCCCGAGAGGGGUACAGGACUAAGAGACAUCAGAAAUUCACUCAUUUUUUACCCAGGCCUGUGGACCCUGCUAAAAUACCUGCGAUGUACAGAGACCUCUUCCACUACAGGUGAUG